GCUCACCUGCAGCAGCAGCUGGGCCGAGCCCAGGCCGGCUGCGCGCAGCUGGAGGCCGCCCGCAGGCAGGUGCAGGAGCUGAGCGGGCAGCAGGCCGAGGCGGCGCUGAGGGCAGAGAAGUGGCACCUGGAGUUCCGGCACCUGCAGGAGCGAUUCGAGGCGCUGAGCCAGGAGAAGGAGCGGCUGCUGGAGGAGCGCGACGCGCUGCGCGAGGCCAACGAGGAGCUGCGCUGCGUGCAGGUGCAGCAGAGCUACCUGAGCCAGGCAGGGAUGGAGGGGGGCCCGGCCCCUCCCCAGAAUUUGGCGGCCGAAAUCCUUCCUGCGGAGCUCAGGGACACGGUGACGCGGCUGCGGCGCGAGAACCGACGGCUGCGGCUGCAGCGGGACCAGCUCUGGCACAGACUGGAGGCCGCAGAGCCUCGGACAGCGCAGGGGAGGCCGCGGGAGGAGCUGUCGCUGCCGGAGGAGACCCCCGAGGAUCUGGAUGAGCUGCCGGAGGGAGAGGAGGAAGAGGAGGAGGAGGAGGAAGAGCUGGAGCCCUCCAGGGUCCCGAGAUCAGGAUUUAGAGGUUCCCCGAGUUUGCCCCCACAAAAGCCCUCGGUUUCCCCCGGGGACCCCCCUGGCACUCCCCCCUUGGCCCCCGUCCUGCAGCUCCUCCGGAACCAACUGCAGGAGAAGGACGCGCUGAUCCGGCACCUGGAGAACGACUGGGAGCGCAGCCGGGCGCAGCGGGAGCGCGAGGAGCGGCUGCUGGUCACCGCCUGGUACAACAUGGGCCUGGCCCUACAGCGGCAGGAAGGAGGGACGGCGUCUCGGGGCCUCUCCAGCGGCGCUCAGUCCUUCCUGGCCCAGCAGCGCUUGGCCACGGUGGCCCGGCGAGCGCGGACCCCUCACGGCCGGGCUCCCCCCAGCUGAGGGGGGGUCCCCCAAACGCCCCCGGACCACCGGGGGUCCCCCUCACUCUGGGCUGGUCCCAUUUCAGACACUACAAACCCGCGCUCCCCACCUUGUUUUGGGGGGGGCCUGGACCUUGCCACCCUACCUCAUUUUGGGGGGCUUUUAGCACUUCUAUUUUUGUAGCUGAUUUCGGGGGGGUCUUGUGUGUGUUACCCCCAUAAAAUCUUCUAAUAAAGCCUCAGGACUCAG